GAUCCUAGGUAUUGUUAGCUAUCCACAGUUGUAGAUUAUUUCAUCUUUAAUGAUAAGAGGCUUCAAGCGCGGGAAAACAAGUGUUUGAUGUUCUUUCUUCAUUUCAGAAAAAUAUCAGAAAUAUACAAAGGACAAUGUCGAGUCCUAUGAGAUUAUCAGGUGCCGAUAGUCCUGGGAGAACUCCUAGAAGACAAAAUCAAGAUACUAGAUCCCCUUCUGCUUUUGGUACUCCCCGUAAUUCUGCUCGUAAUGGAGGUGAUAAUAAUGUAGAAACUCCGUUAAGAUGGGGCACCACUGGCACACAACAAAGUACUUUAGGUUCUGGAAACCGAACUGCAACAAUUGUUGCUUCUUCUGAACAUGAAAGUGCUAUUGGCUCUGGUGAUCAAUUUAUAGAUCACUCUGGGCAAAUUAAUGGUUCAGAAAGUGGUCUACAAUUAUCUUCUCCGAUUAAUUAUGGUACACCAAGCUCGCUGGGAUCAAUACGUACGCCAAGAAGUGGAAUCCGAGGCACUCCAAUUAGGCAUAGACCUGACAUUAAUACGGACAGGCGGUUGCGUCAAUUUACGUUACAAGAACCAAUUGCAGAAGCACCAAAUGGUACAUCAGAAAGUGAUACAACAGGAGCUCAUUUGGUUGUUUGGGGGACAAACAUUGUAAUAAAUCAGUGUAAAGAACAAUUCAAAUCAUUUUUCCAACAAUUUAUUGACCCAGAUGCAGAAAAUGAUGAACUACCAGAAAAUAUGAAUCUGUCAGAACCUUUGUAUCUUCAAAAAUUAGAAGAGAUACAUACCUUGGAAGAACCAUAUUUGAAUGUCAAUUGCGCUCAUGUAAAAACAUUUAAUGAACAACUUUAUCAACAAUUAGUUUCAUAUCCUCAAGAAGCAAUUCCAACACUAGAUAUGGCAGCAAAUGAAUUAUUCUUUGAAAAAUUUCCAGCGGCUGUUCUGGAGCAUCAAAUUCAAGUACGUCCUUUUAAUGUGACCAAAAUUAAAACUAUGAGAGAACUAAACCCUACUGAUGUAGAUCAAUUAAUCACAAUACCAGGAAUGGUAAUUAGAGUAUCACGAUUAAUUCCACAAAUGCGAGAGGCUUAUUUUAAAUGUAGCGUUUGUGCUUUUACAACAAUUGUAGAAAUUGAAAAAGGGAAAACGAAAGAGCCUACAGUAUGUGCACAUUGCACUUAUAAAUAUUCUUUCACUUUAGUACAUAAUUUGAGCCAUUUCUCUGAUAAACAAAUGAUUAGAUUGCAAGAAGCUCCAGAUGAGAUGCCACAAGGACAGACGCCACACACUAUUGUUUUAUUUGCGCAUAAUAACUUAGUAGAUGCAGUGAUGCCUGGAGAUAGGGUCUCUGUUACUGGAAUUUAUAGAGCAGCAACACAUAAGCCUAAUUUUGAUCACAAUUUGCAAGCCAUUUAUAAAACUUAUAUUGAUAUAGUUCAUUUUAGAAAGCACAACUCUAAACGGUUAUAUGAUCAAGAAGACGGAAAAGAACAUAAUUUUACACCGGAAAGGAUAGAAAUUUUGAAAUCGUUAUCGCAAAAGGGUGAUAUCUACGAACGAUUAGCAAGACAUAUUGCUCCUAGUAUAUAUGCAAAUAAUGAUGUAAAAAAGGGAAUUAUAUUACAAUUGUUUGGAGGAACUAGAAAGACUUUUACUAUAUAUGGCAAGCAUUUUCGACCUGAUAUUAAUAUAUUACUCUGCGGAGAUCCUGGUACAAGUAAAUCACAAUUAUUACAAUAUAUAUACAAUUUGGUACCACGAUCUCAAUAUACUAGUGGCAAAGGUUCCAGCGCGGUUGGUUUAACAGCUUAUAUAACAAAAGAUCCAGAAACUGGACAAUUAAUAUUACAAACAGGAGCUUUAGGGCUUGCAGAUAAUGGGAUAUGUUGUAUUGAUGAAUUCGAUAAAAUGAAUGAAAGUGCAAGAUCAGUACUACAUGAAGUAAUGGAACAACAAACUUUGAGCAUUGCUAAAGCUGGAAUUAUUUGUCAAUUAAAUGCUAGAACUAGUAUACUUGCAGCUGCUAAUCCAUGUGAAUCUCAAUGGAAUAAGAAUAAAACUGUGGUUGAAAAUGUGCAAUUACCACAUACACUGCUUUCUCGAUUUGAUUUGAUUUUUUUAAUAUUAGAUCCACAAGAUGAAGCAUAUGAUGGAAGACUUGCAACUCAUAUGGUAUCUUUAUACUAUAAGACAAUAAAGGAAGAUGAAGAUGAACUGAUAAAUAGAAGUAUUGUUCGCGAUUAUAUAGUUUUUGCAAAAGAACACGUUCAUCCUGUCCUUAAUGAAGAAAGUCAACAAAGAUUGAUACAAGCUUAUGUUGAUAUGAGAAGAGUUGGAAGAGGAUAUGGACAAAUAACAGCAUAUCCUAGACAAUUAGAGUCUUUGAUACGUUUAUCUGAAGCACAUGCCAAAGUACGAUUGAGCUCUGUUGUAGAGUUGCAAGAUGUUGAAGAAGCAUGGAGGUUGCACAGAGAAGCUAUAAAACAAUCAGCAAUCGAUCCAUUAAGCGGAAAAAUAGACAUAACUAUCUUAACUACAGGUAUAUCUACAGGAACUAGGAAAAGGAGGAAAGAACUAUGUGACGCAAUUCAAAAACUAAUUGAGAGCAAGGAUAAAAUUCAUAUACUUAAUCAACAAAAACUUUUUGCUGAAAUAAAACAAUCUUCUGAAUUGCUUGUUACACGAGAUAUGUUUGAUGAUGCUUUAAGAGAGCUUCAGAGUAAUGGAUUAAUAACAGUAAUUGGGAGAAACAAUAUUCGUAUUUCUUAAAUUAUUUUGUAUACUUCAUCAUUUUAAACUAGACUUAUGUGCCAACAAAGUACAUAUAAAGCAAUGAAUAUAUAUAUUUUUAUUGUCUUUUGCAAAUUUGUAUUAAAUAUAUUUUUCAUCAUAAAUUAAUAUUA